AAUGAUUAACUAUCAAAAUUAUAUUUAUUCUGUUACUUUACUUUUUCCUAUUACAAUUGUUUAUCCGGUCUCUCUGUCGCAUCAAUGAUAAUUGUGAUCUUUUAUAUGAUUUAAAUCGUUAGAGGCCAAUGACGUCUCUUAAUGAAUUCUGACCUAUAUACAAUGUACAUUUAAUAAGAAAUUUGUUAUAUUAUGAUCUUUUAUAAAGCUGAAUAAUUUACUAUUAUCAUGUCGCUGACCUAUUAGUCUUACAAUUUUAAGUGAUAAUUGAACAAUUUUGAGUGAUGUAAAAGUUCAUUGCUCCCUGCAAUACGCGAAACCAACAAUUGAUUCAACUUUAUUCAUUUAUUACAGAUAGAAACUUCUUGAUUUUUAAUACAUGCUUAGUUUAUAAAUCUUACAGCGUUUGGAGGCGUGAAGUUUUAAACUGAUUAUUAAGCAAUCUAAGCCAAAUUUCAUAUCCAUUGAAUUAAAGUACUUAGCAUUUUUAAUUUGUAAUGAUUGAGGCCUUGAAUAAACAGUAAGUACCCAUAAUUUUAAAUAGAAUGCCUGUUAAAACUGUAGAGGAAUCCAAAGUUGAUGUGGAAAACAUAAAUGAACAGAAGAUUGUUGAAUUGGCGUUUAAAAACAAAUCAAAGAAAUCUCCCUUCACCUUCAAAGAUAUGUUGAUGCAAUUAAGUGAUGAAGAAGUUGAUAAAAUGUGGGAGCAGUUCUGUCAAAUAAUUAUGAAACAAUAUGAAAGUAUUUUGAAGAAUGACAACGAAUCUCCUAAGAAGUUAUAUCAAGAGAUCAGCCAAGUUAUUCAAGCUGUUAUAGAUACUGCUCAUGUAAUGCUGGCAGAAAAUAUACCUAUACCAAAGGAAUUUCUUCAUUUAGUUGUAUUUUUGAAUGGAAUCCUACUGAGCAUUCCCAGUCACCUGGAAAGCUUGAAAAAUAAUAUAUCCUAUCUCUGUGAAAGAAUGUAUUCUAUGAACUACAUCGACAAGAGUGAGAUUCUUGUUUCAAACUCACUCAUAUAUUUGCUCAGGCGAUCUACAAGUCCUAAAGCAGCAAAAAAGGAUGUUAAAAGAAUCUAUCCUCUGCGUUCACUUAUUCCAAAGAUUCUCUCCAUGGAAACUGUUGAUUCAAAUGAAGUUUGGGAACUGCUCAAGAAAUGUGCUUCAUCUCAACUAUAUCCAUCAUCCGCCCAUGAAGGACAAAAGAUCCUUUCUUUAGCUCUAACUCUUGAUGUUGAUCACAUAGCAGACAUUCAUAAUGCAAUAAAGAAAAGGCUGUCUUCCUGCUCACUAGCUCAUGCCGCAUUUUUUGGAAAAGUAUAUUAUGAAGCCUGGUCUCACGCUGUUAAAACUGAGUCUCUAGACUUGAAAAAUGCAAUUGAAAUAACAUGCAUACAAGAUUUGGUUCUAUUAGCUGUAACUGAUAGAAGAAAAUCCAUUGUUUUAUCUACACAAAAAGUUUUGGCACAGUUUCAUUGUAAGAAGAAAGACAUUGAUGUAUUAAAGAUGCUCUAUUCUCUGUAUCAUCCAAUACUCUGGCUUCACUUAAAGAAUCCGGAUGGUCUUAUUCGUGCUAAUGCAGCUCAACUUUUUCUGGCAGUCUUCCCGUUGGAGAAUCCUGACUUGGAUCUUGUCUCUUCUGACCAGGAAUUAAAUGAUCAAAUGUUGAUGAUAAAAGAAUUACUUGUUGAUGACUAUCCAAUUGUUCGAUGCAGCGCCAUUGUUGGACUUUGCCUUGCAAUGAGUGUCCAUUGGGAGCUGUUUCCUGAAGAAAUGCUUAAAACGUAUUUCAAAAUACUUGUUCAAGAUCUAAGUUGUGAUUCCUCAUCUUCUGACGUUCGUUGUGCCGUUGCGAAGGGUUUUAAAGGGCUGCUUGAGAAUCCUUUGACUGUGCCUACUUUGCAGAACAUCUUACCAAAGUUGAAAAACCUGUUUGAUGAUAUAUCUAGCCUUGUUAGAGUGGCUUUCUGUCAAUUGCUGCUAUGUGUGAAAAGAAUUUGGGGCAUUAGAUACUAUGACAUAGUGCCUUUGAGUCACCUCUUGGCCCGUAUGGAAGAAGACCCGGCCGUCUCUAAGCUCAUCGUAAAUUUAAUUCACAACAGCUAUUUUCCUAAAAAUGAGCAUCCUAAUGUCUGGAUGUGUAGAUGUGCUGAGAUGAUUAAAUCAAAUCGGGAAUCGUCCAGAGAAUUUUUUCGCCAUAUUCCUCGUUACAUCGGUGUUGAUGCCGGAGCUAAAUUUAUGGUACAAGUCGUCAAAGCUAUUCAUUUUUAUGCCAAAUCAAAGACGUCAUCUGUGAUGAAUGCCUCCCAAACUUCAGCCCAACGAAAAAGUGCCUCUCAAAAUUCGGCACAAAGAAAAACUGCCUCUCAAAAGAAAUCAGUGCAAAAAAAGACUCAAUCACAAAAGAAAUCAGCAUCACGGAAAAGAAAUAACUCUUCAUAUUUGAAUGAAUCUGGUGAUGCAGAAGCUUUGGAGUCUGCAAUUGGUUUUCAAGAUCCAAAUAUUGUGAGCGGUCUUUUAGAUGCUGUCUCCGUCUUAUGGCUUUCUUGUAAUCUGGCUAAGCCAGAGAAUAAAAAUCAACUGAAGAUGGUAGUUGGGAACCUUGCUAAAUGGAUGGAAGAUCUUGUGAUUCAUUAUAAGGACACUCCUGUUUGUUCAUCUGUCUUUUAUUUGGCCAGCCUCAUGCCUCCUGAAAAUGUUCCCAGCCUUGUGGAAUUUUGUCAUGAACAGCUGAGAGCAGCCAGCUCUAAUGGGUUAGAGGAAGAUUAUUUUACGCUUUUGCAGUGCUUGUGUAACCAAAGAGAAGGUGGCACCCUUUUAGCUACAUUAAAGGAAUUGAUUGAAGUUGAGUUUCAAAAGACUAUCAUUCAAGCACCCACUCCUAAACGAAGGAAAAAAUCAAAUAAUACUUCAUCCAUACUUGGACUUGAAUUGGUCAACGAAAUAUUGAACACUAGAGCCUGUCAGAAAAUUAUUUUGGCUCAGCAUAGUGAAGAAUUAAAGUCAUUCUUAGAAUUAUUCAAUCAUUUGAAAGUAAAAAUAGAGGCUUUGUUAACUGCAGAAAUAAGUGAGCAAGAAGCAGAUUUCGUCCUUAGUUUACUUUUAGCUUUGUCCAAAAUUUCUAUGCUUCUACAAAGCGAGAAUUUCAAUGGUGUCAAAUUCAUGGAGGAUAUUGUAAUCUGGGUUCAGAAUAAGCUGUGUAAACAAGUGUGGCCACAGACUGAUAAUUCCAGGAGAAGCAGCAUGGUUAAAAAGGUUGUGUGUUCUUCCCAAGUUAAGAAGCUUGUUGCAAACAUAAGCAGAGAAAUAAUCCUCAUUUUGGCAGAUGUCAUAUACCUAGGGUAUUUUAAUGAAAAGUGUAGAUUUAUAAAGUUUGGAGUUCAACUUCUAAAUUUAGAUUUGGGAGCUUCCAUUCUACUUCCCCUUAGUAAAAUGUUUCUGAGGCAUGUAUGGUCUGGAGUUUACCUUUAUUGCACAGAAAAAAAAGAAACAGCACUCCAAAUUACCCCAGAUUGCAUCAAUAAAAUCAAUGAGUUUAGUUCCAGCCAAGAGAUCAUUUCAAGAAUACCCAACUCAGCUUUGAAAGAAAUACAGCUGAAUAUGAAUGAAUCCAUUAAACUUUUAAAAAAGUGCAACCGUUCUUAUUCACGUCUCAGUUUUGCUGUGCCUUCAUUAAAAGUAGAAUCCGAAAAACCUAUGAAGAAUGAACCCACAGAAAAUAAUGUACUAAAUAAUCCACAUAAUAUUUCUGUGCCUUUAUUGGAUGUUAGUUCUGGGAAAUCUAAAGACAGGAAAUCGACCUAUACAAGAAAAUCUAAACGCCUGAGUUUUGCCGUGCCUUUAUCAGCUGCAGAACCUGACGCGUCUUCGAGCAACGGAAAUUAUAUGCAAAUAAAUUCUGCCGUGCCUUUAUUGAAUUCAAACUCUGAACAGUCUUCAGAUAAAGAGCAAGAUGAAAACUGUGAACCUUUUAUACCUUCAUAAACUGAUUGCUGUUUAUAAUGAUUUUAACUUGAACAUAGCAAAAUUUAAAUCAUUUUUAUAUAAAUGUGAAUCAGUAUUUGUCUCAUACUUUUCUACAUUCACUUCAAGCCUUAAAGAUGCACUUACUGUUUUUUUUUUUUUUUAAAUAUGGUUAAUGAAGGAAUUAUUUAUUUCUAUUACUUCUAAACUAUCAGACAGGUGCAGUGCUAAACAUUUUAUAUCAGAAUGCAAAGUCCGACAGCGUAACAGUUCGCAAUGUGACAAUCUUAGUUAAGUGGUUAAAAAAAUGUUAAGUAGAAUUUUCAGAUCACUGAAACUUCUAGAUUUAAACUCAUUCAUUUAUAAAAGCUUGUGAGGUUUAUAUUGCCAAUAAACCUUCAAAAAAUAUUCAGGAUCUUUCCUGAUCGAACUCAAACAACAUGAAUAUUCUGAAAUUCAACCUUCAUAGUACCUUAUGAAGGUUGAAUGAGAUGAUUUUCUUAAGAAAAGAAAAUGGCUUUUUGGUGUUUCUAUAUAUUCUAAACCUGAUUUUCAUACUUGCUUAGCAUGUACUAGGUUCUCCAAUUAUGAUCUGCUCUAGUUAUUUCCCAACAUUUAAUUCAGAUUUUUGGUUAUAGUUACCAAAAAAUUUCCGGAAUGUUGUGGCUUAACUGAACCCCUCGUUUUCAUAUGUUUAGGGAGUUAGUAAAUAAGAUGAUUUAAUAUUUUAAUUUAUACAGAUAGAAAUUGUACAUGGUUGGAAUUACACAUGAUGGUAAUUGUUAUUUACUGGAAUUUGAAGACCUUAAAAACAGAUUAAAGUAAUUAAAAGCAUCCAGAUAUUUAAAAGUUAAAAUUUGUCAUGAAAACAAAAGUUAUUUGUAAGAUUCAUCUUAUUUCUUGAACAUCUAAACUAUUAUAAUUGUUUACUAAAAUAUGUAAUCUGCGAAAGUAUCACGUAACGAAUUAGCAGGAUCUUGCUUGUUAUAGUCGCACAUCAAAGGCUAACUAUGUACAAAAGAUCACAAAAACUUAUCCAAACUUCAACUAAAAAAUUUAUCUCACUAGUUCAGACAACCAAGACCAAAACCCAAAGAUUGGAAAUAUAAAAGCAAAUCGAAUCAACUUGGCAGAAGUGUAAAAGAUACAGUGUGUGGUGGGUGUCGCUGUAUAUAAUUAUAGUUAGUUGAUUUUUUGUUCCAAGUAAAAAUAUUUAUUUAAGACGGAAUUUGUAGAUAAAAUUUUAAAACAGUAGGAUGUUUUAAUCAAUAUUGAAUGUCUUCUAGCUUUUUAUGAAUUAUUUGUGUUAAUUUUACCAAUAAAAACCAUUUCAUUUAAAAUAUUACAUUGUAGUUAUGCCAAGUGAUAAAUUUAAAGUUUGUUAAAUUCUCGCAACCCUUACUAGGGAAAUGUGCAUUUGUAAAAUUCCUAUUAAAAGAAAUGUAAGUUUAAAUUAAAGAACCUGGUAAAAACUUUGGAUAGGGUAAAAAUUUUCUGCUAUAGGGGUUAAGUGUGCUCCAUUAAAAUUUCAGUUCCUUUACUUUUAAAAUAACAAAACUUUCCAGCUCUUGUAUAUUCGUGGUGCAACUGUUAGACUGUCCGCCUACUACCAGAGAGGUGAAAUAUUUGAAUCCCAGCUGGGAUGUUUGAAUUUUAUCUCUAAUUUUCUUUUCUAAAAAAGUUGAUAAAUAUUUAAUAUGUAUUAUUCAAUUU